UUCCAGUUUUGUACCCCUAAUCUCAUUUCGCACAGACAAGAAGGAAAGAGACAGAGAGCUCGCUCAUCGGAAGAGGUCGGCGGUUCUCAGAGACUCGCCCUCUCUCUCUCUCUCUCUCUCUCUCUCUCUCUCUCUCUCUCACUAUAGGUUGGUUUCACCGUGCUUCUCUUUCUUCGUAAAACGUCUGCUCUCUACUCUGAGUCUCAUACAACUUCAAGUGCCCGAACUCUGAGCGUAUCGGAUAACCGAAUGAGGACUGACUGAAUGAGUAAAACGCAAACAAGAUGGUGGUUGUGCUUCGGCUGAGUGAAAAUUAUGCAUUGGCGCUCCACCAUGUUCAGCAGUUUCCCACAUCUCAAGGAUGGGAAUGGCUUUAAGAUAGGUUAUCCUGCUUUCAGUUAUGUAAACCAAAGGAAAUACAGUAGCCAGAACUUUUCAGAACUGAUCAGCAAAACUGUUGCAGCCAAUGGUCAUGUUUGCAAUAAUGCCGAUCCCUUGCCCAAAAUUUGGCAUCCUGAAACUCAUUCCAUUCUCCAAUCAAGUGGUCUUCAGCACUGGUUCAAGAAUUGGCAAGAACUAAGGAAGCACAAGCUGACAGCAAGCACUUUUAGUGGCGCUGUUGGAUUUUGGCCUCAGAGAAGAGUCCAACUCUGGUUGGAGAAGCUUGGAGCGAUUGAGCCAUUCACUGGUAACCUUGCCACUUGUUGGAGUAACAUAAAAGAAGAGGAAGCACUUGAAAGGUACAAACUGAUAACAGGGAACGACGUAUCAUUUCCUGAAUUUCAGGUCUAUAAGAAAAACCCAGAUGAUGAUUGGCUUGCCGCUUCACCAGAUGGGGUUGUUGACACGCUUGUUUAUGGUUUACCUUCUCGAGGAAUUCUAGAAAUAAAGUGCCCAUUUUUUGGUGGUGAUAUGAACAAGGCUUCUCCUUGGUCACGAAUUCCCCUUUAUUGUGUUCCACAAACUCAAGGUUUGAUGGAAAUUAUGGAUAGGGAUUGGAUGGAUUUCUAUGUUUGGACUCCUAAUGGGAGCAGUUUAUUUAGAUUGUAUCGAGAUGUAGAAUACUGGGAUGCCUUGAGAAUAGCAUUAUCUGACUUCUGGUGGAAGCAUGUCCAGCCAGCGAGGGAGGUUUGUAGUAAAUCUGUGAUCACAAAUCCCCUCGCUCAGUUAAGUGACCUAAGACCAGCACCUAGGCAUGAACUGUGUAGUUUCCUUGUAUACGAAAGUAAACAUCUCAUUGAUGAGUCCACGUUACUGAUGCGGGAAAUUCAUGGAAAAUUGCAGAGCUGAUGCACCUUUCGAAAUUUUGCUGCAUUGAAAUUUUG